GUGGCAGCUCCGCACAGCAGGUCCUUUGCAGCACUUGCCAGACGAGAACGAACGAAAGCAACCAACAAAGCAACACUGCGGUUGGGUUCGCAGGACCGAUGACUAAUUAUUGCCACUCGCUUUUCCUCUCGAGCGCCCUUACUCUCCGCCGCUGACCUCCGCAGACCGACCUUCGACCUCCGCCCGCCGCAGCGAGAUGGCGAGCAAGAAAGCAGCAGACAUCCAGGUGAACGUGGCCGGCAUUCGACGGACGGUCAAGAACUUGGCCCACAACUACUCGGACGCCCAGGUCAAAGUUCGAGAAGCGACGAGCAAUGACCCGUGGGGUCCGUCGUCAACGAUCAUGUCUGAAAUCGCAGACCUGACCUACAACGUGGUUGCCUUCACCGAAAUCAUGCAGAUGAUUUGGAAGAGACUAAACGACCAUGGCAAGAACUGGCGGCACGUCUACAAAGCCUUGGUGCUCCUCGAGUACCUCAUCAAGACGGGCUCCGAAAAGGUGGCCAUGCAAUGCAAGGAGAACAUUUUUGCCAUCCAGACCCUUCGAGACUUCCAGUACGUGGAGGACUUCCGAGACCAGGGUCUGAACGUCCGGGAAAAGGCCAAGCAGCUGGUGUCGCUGCUCAAGGACGAUGAGAAGCUGAAAAACGAAAGGGUCAGGGCGCUCAAGGCCAAGGAGCGGUUUGCUCAGGCCCAAAAUAGCUUCAGCAGUGAUGUCGAAUUUCUGGAAAGCCCGUCAGGCCAUAGUCCUGCUCAAGGUGCCGAGGACAAAGUUGAAGGUCGCAGUAGGAUGCACUCGUCGGUGUCAUCGGAACUGGAAAAUGCGCGUCCGCAGACCAUCGGGGAGGAGGAGCUGCAGCUGCAACUGGCGCUGGCCAUGUCGAGAGAAGAGGCCGACCAGGAGGAGCAGAAGAAGCGCAGCGACGACGUCCGCCUCCAGCUGGCCAUCUCGCAGAGCCAGGAGGAGUGCAAGGGCGACGAGGCCUCCAAUGCCAACGCCUGGCCCACCUCACCCUCUUCCAACACGCAUCAGAGCCACAUGCUUGACCUGCUGGACAUCAGUCCUGAACCCACUGCAGACACUUUCGACCUCACCUUCGACACUGCAAAAAGGCCUUCACAGAAGUCUGAUCCGUGGUCUGUGACCUCGCCGCCACUUCCACUGAAUGACCCCUGGAACACUUCUGUGCUUGCAGAUGGAUGGCAGACGAGCAACCCGGCUGCUUCGAACGCCAACCCGUGGUCGCCUUCGACUUCUAACCAGCUGCUCAGCAAUAAUGACACUAGUUUUGAUUUCCUCAAGAACAAUAAUGCAGCAGAUCCUUUCCAAGUGCAAAACCUGGUGGACACCCUGCCGAGUUCGCCGACGGGGAACGCGUCGUCGGCCAAACUGCCUCAAUCGUUUUUGGGUGAAAACUUUGCGCUCGUCAAUUUGGACAACCUGGUGCCCGCCAAGCAAUCCAACCAAGCUGCCCCUGUGAACCCGUUUGCCGCAGCGUCUCCCGCAACCCAGCCCAAGCCCAGCCUGAACCAGAUGAUCCAGCAGACGGGGGGUCAACCGAACGACCCUUGGGCGCCGGUCAACAACUCCUUCCCGAAGCCGGCCCCCUCGAACAAUGUGCCCAACCCGUUUUUCACUUGAGACCCAUUAAGACUUGCUGUGUAAUUUUAUAUAUGAAAGAAAGAACGAGUAGAGCACUGUGUAAAAAGAGAGGUUGUUGUGGUUGGGGGAAACAAGGUUUAUUAUUAUUAUUCUACACACACUCUUUAAUCUAUAUACAAUUCUUUUCAACUCUUACCCGCGCAGGCAUUUCCGUGUUUAACGAGAGUAAAUUAUUGGAUCAAGUCAUAUUGUGAAAGAGAGCGGAUUUUAGCACUGCUUUUUAAUUAUAUUCCUGAGAUGAUAAGCGUCGCAGUAUUUAUAUUAUUAUUAUUACUACGUCUACGGUAAUUAAGCUUAAUAAAAACAAUUAAAUAAUAACAUAUAUUCUUGUAUCAAGGCAACUAAAAUUUUCAACCGACUUAUACAAUGAAUUGAACUUAUGAUGCUUCUUUGUUUGUUUGCUAUGAAUGCCAAUCAAUGAAUUUUAAUGCGCUAUUCCUAAAAAAGAAAA